GAGGAGAAAGAUUACAGCAAAGCGAAAUAUGGUGGCCCAAUAUUUCCAGUGUCAAGCACCGCUAGAGCAAAGAGUCCAGCCUUUAGUGAAAGCGGAGAAGGAGCCAGACCCAACAGAAUCAGAGGGGUCGGUCAAAACCUUUCGUAUUGUCCAGGUUGGGACCACUGGGGGAGGCCUAAGACUGUUAUCCCAUCAACAGUCUAGAAGUGAGCGACAGGAAGCUCCUCAGCGCUGGGAAAUCCAGGGUCAGGAACUGCCAAUGCCUGACCUCACACCAGUUCAGUCGCCUGCCUGGAGGAACCUGCAAGUUCCAGAACUCACGCCAACAGAAGACGUAGAAACCUACUUGGCUACCUUUGAGCACGUGGCCGAUGCCUGCAAGUGGCCUAGGGAACAGUGGGUCACCCGGCUCGUGCCAGCUCUCAAUGGAGCAGCGCUUCAGGCCUACAAUAACUUGGAUCCUAGGGAAAGUGGAGAUUAUGGCAGGGUAAAGGCUGCCAUUUUACGAGAAGAUGCCGCUAGCCUCGAAAGGCAGCGCCAGAAUUUCAGGCACUUCCGCUACCAGGAGGCCGAGGGGCCUCGUGAGGUCUGUAGCCGAUUACGGGGGCUCUGCCAUCGCUGGUUGGAGCCUGACAGCCGCACCAAGGAGCAGAUCAUGGAGCUGUUGAUCCUCGAGCAGUUCCUGACUGUCUUGCCGGAGGAAAUGCAAGAUUGGGUUCAGGAAUAUCGCCCCAAGACCUGUACCCAGGCAGUGACUCUGGCAGAGCAUUAUUUACUGAAGCAGCGAGAAGGGGAGAGGUGGGAUCAGCAGGUACUGGGGCCGUAUGUGCUUGACGAGCCUGUAAGCUUCCCAGAAACGGAACAAAUGACAUUGGACUCCAGGCAGACGAUGCUCUGCAGAGAGACCAAAGAAGAGGUUAAUGAGAACCCCAACUCACUGGCCGAUGAGAUCCCGACAAAAAACGAGGAAGAGUUUCUAGUCCAGGAAAGUACAAAGAGACCAAGGAGCCGGCUCCUCCCCAAUCUGCAGCCAGCUCCAUUUGCUCGCCAAAAUGCUGAUGGCCUGCUGGCUGUUAACAAGCAGGCUGUCCACAAGCAGGAAGCCCUGUUCCCGUGCCCUGAAUGCGGGAAGAACUUUUCUCGUAAAUCGACCCUCACCAGACAUCGGAGAGUGCACACGGGCGUCAAGCCCCACCAGUGUUCCGAGUGCGGGAAAAGGUUUCUUCACAAGUUCAACCUCGUCAAUCACAUGAGAACCCAUGUGCGGGAGGAGCCGAGCCGCUGUUCACUGUGUGGGAAAAAUGCAAGACGGAAUUCGGGCCUGGUUGGCCAGGAGAAAAAGACUGGGUGUUGCGAGUGUGCUGAAAGUUUCGGGGUGCAGUAUGACAUAGAGCAGAGGGUGCAGGAGAGAGACGAGGCGUUCAGCUGACUGGAAUGUGGGGAGAGGAAAAAAUGUAGCUGACUUGAAUGUAGGAACUUAGAAAAUACUCUGAACACUUGAGGGGAUUUGGUGCUCUCUAGAAGCACCCCCCUCCCCCAACUUCUGAUAAUAAGGUAGCUGCCCUAAACACAGGAGUGGUGAGGAAUGCCACCAGCAGCUCUAUUGAGCUGCACGUUUGUUUUUCCUUUGCUUGUUCGGUACUUGUGGAAGCAUAUGGAGAGGAGGAAAGGGGCAGCAAAGUUCUGGUAUACAAUUAUAAUACAACAUAUGUCCUUCCUAAUGCCACUGCGAAGGAGAACCUGGACAAAGAUUGCUGGUGUGUCAAACACGAUGGAGAGAUUUGGACAGAAUGGGUAGAAACUCUCGAUAGCAGCAUUUUUUCAGAGAUGGUUGAAUGGCAUCUGUCUGUAGACGUCUCUGCGGACAGGGUAGCUGGGUCCACAGUCUCUUGGAUCUAAACCAGACAUUUCUGUGGGCGCAAGGAUUUUUGCUCAUGAAGUGUGAUUUUUUUUCUGCCCCCCCCCCAGCCUGAAAUACCCCCAGAAAUCCUAUUCCUGAAGAAGGGACAGGACUUUGGACGACACUUCAAGCAGCCAUGGGAGGGGAGGAGGUGGGGAAAUCAUGGCCCUUGAUUAGAAAUCCUUGCAUCUGUGGAAACAUCUUGUCUGGAUCCCACCCAUAGGGUUUCCCUCAGGAUAUCAAACUGGAAGUGUAAAAGCUGCCCCUGAGCAGUGAAAAGGUAAGGUUCACUUCCAGGCUUAUGAGGGCUAUAUAACUUAUAGGAAUGCUGAUAAAUGACGUGGGUGCAUACCAUAUUUUGGAUCGUUAAUGAUGCAGUCAGGAUUCCACUAGCCUGGAGCAAACAUCCAGGUAAUGUGUGAUGGAAUAACACCUCAGAGGCCUUCUGUCCGGUGUUUCCUAUAUGGUGUGAUUUUUCCCUUUUUAGCAUGACAUAUUUGAUAUCGUAAUGUAGAUAAGAACUAUUAUACUGACUGUUGACUUUUCAGUUCCUUUUUGAAUAGUGCCUCAAUAAGAGGUGGAACAGUUUUGAGAGAGAGUCUUCCAUUAUGGUUGUGUGUAUUAGGAAUCCUCUACCAGAAAUGUUGCUGGGCAUUUUUUCACGAUAAAUUUUAGGGUUGUUUUUUUUUUAAUACACUUACAAAAUUCUAGCUAUGAUCUGAAGAACCACACAGUUCCUGACACCCAACAGAGCAUUGAGAUUGUAAUUCUCCAACAGUAGCUGCCUCUGCUAUGUAGCAAAUGGCUUUUGAAAUGGAGACAGCAAUUGAAACCAGUUUGUUAUAUGGUACAGGAGGCCUGCUAUGCAAAGGGGGGGGGGGAAAUAUAAAAAUCCACUAAAGUAGAUUUUGCAUCUACUUUUGUUUUUAUUUUGUUUUGUAUUUUUGGUACAUGCUUGUCAGAAGGAACUUUCUACUGUCAAGUAUACCAAGACCUUCUACGCUACCAUUUUUAACCCUGACUUGAGGGCCAGAUUUCAUUUCAAUACUGUCAAUAUACCAAAAUU